CUGCAACCCCAUACCAAAAAAGAAUCAUUUACUUGGACACACUUUCACUUGGCAGAACAUUUCAUACACGCAGACAGCAUUCAUAGAGAUGGAUCAAAAGAAAGCUGGGUGUUUUCUGCUCUGCGGUUUUCUACUUGCACAGGAUUUCAAAGUCUGCUCAUCGAAUGUAUCCAGUCCUGACAGUCCUGGAGUGAAUGAAAUUACCCCAGAAUUAUCAUAUGGAGCAGAAGUCCAGCGAGCAAAAAGAAGCGGAACUACAUUAGUAUUUGGAGCGAUAGAAAUUACGAAAAUUGCACUGAGGGUGGCAGAAGCCAUGAAAGGCAAUUGCAUAUACUAUCCAAGGAUUUGCCAAAACAAAAGGAUCAUCCAGAACUUGGAAAAAGAAGAAUCUGAUCAACGGGAACAACUUUAUUCAAGAGCUCAAGAAUUUUUUAAAGAGAUUCGUGAACUGUGGAGCCUAUAUUUCAACUUAGAUAUUAUUUACACAGACUUAAAAGACAAGAUAGACAUGUCUUUCAAAAGCUUUGAUGCUGCUUUUUUAUGGAUGGCUAUCCGUCCACUUUAUCUUAAAGGAAAGGUAAAUCUAACAGAUUCACAAAUUGAAGAACUUGUGUCAGUGUUUCCAAGUGAUGCAGAGAAAAUGUUUAGUCAGGACAGACAGACAGUUUUCAAAGAAUUAGGUAUCAACUUUUUUGCAAAUGUUUUUCUUUGUGUCCCUUACAAAAAAAUUGUACAUUUUCUCAAACAUACUCCUUUACCAGAAUACUUCAAGGCAGGUGGUACGUUGUCUAUUGAUAAAGUUACUGGAAAUUUAGUAAAGUUAGACUCCACACAAUAUCUGGAAGGUGACUAUAUCUUUAUCCCCGCUAAAUUCAGUGACAUUUACCAGUUAUAUAAACAUGCAUCAAAUUAUAGCACCAAUUCUGUUUUCAGCUCCAGUAACACACUUCCUGUUCGUUUUUCAGACAUAGCAGAAAUACAUGAAAGAUCUCGGGCCAAAUUUCAAUCUUCUUUGCAAGUGGUUAGAGACAGUCUAGAUGUUUCAUUGGAGGUCUUCAACAAAAGUAACUCCUUUUGGACAGACCGCACUGUCAGUGCAGAGAAUGCUAUCCUUCGGAGGAGCCAAGCACACAAAAUAGAUAAAGAACUGGAAAAUCUGAAAAACAGUUAUAUCUUGUUUCAAGAGCAGUUAAAAACAGCCCUUAGAAAUAUCACUGAAUUAAAAACUGAAUUUAAUAGUACAUGGGAAGGUGCUAUAAACAUGUUUAAAACAUUGACUGAAUUUGUUGAAGAACUUAAGAAAACAAGUAAGGACAUAAAAUUCUGGGGUAAAGACAGAAAUAAUGAGGCAGUGAGUGAAAUCCUUUCACUUCAUUUUGAAAACACAUCAGCUACUAAUAUAAUACAAAAGCAAGAGGAACUAAUUGCUUUUUUGGCAAAGCAAAAAUCAUCAUUUAAUGAAGCAUUUCUUAAAAACACCCAGAGAAUUUUAAUUUAUCAGGAAGUGGGUAAAGCAUUAGAGAAGGGAAGGGAGGUGGAUAUAAUUAAUGACCUUGUUAAUAGAGAGCUAAAAACCCCAGUAGAUAAAAAGACCAUUCUCUGUGAAAUUGCAUUACAACUCCAAGAUGAUACUUAUGACUACUACGAUCUCAGGGUAUUCCGUCCACACUGCUCAGACUCUGUGUCUAUUGCAGAGGAAGAAAGAAAAAGGACAGAUUGGAAAACUAGGGAAAAUAAAAUAGAAAUUAUCUUACAAAACUGUGAACUGUUUGACAUGUGCCUGCCCAUGGAAAGAAUUGUUCAUUUCACUGGCAUGACUGAGGCACAGGUGAAAGCUGCAAUCAAAAGACAAGGUAGGACAGAAUACCUUAAUGAGCCUUUGUAAUUCAGCAUGUUGGAUUCCACAGCAAACAAAACCAGAUACUGGCAAAUGCCAUGAAAAUGCUUGCAGUAAAAAAACAAAUGUAUUCAUCCAGUUGCUUGCUUGUCCGUCACAGAAAAAAGUAGUAUCUUUCGGAAAUAUAUAGCUCAGCUAAAUUUCAAAAUAAAAUGUUACUCAGCACUAGAGCCCAUUGGACUGCCAAUGGACUUAUGCGUCACUUACAUAAUUAGAAUAGAAAAAUGAUAUACAGCAUAGAGUGUUACGGGGAAAAGCCAGUAAAUGUGCGGAUUGAUUUCAAAUUGAAUCCACAGUUAAGCACUUCCAUGUUCCAGUGGGCAUCUGUACUAAAUAGAAGCCCGCUAGAUCUGGAAACUGAUUGGCUGUUGACACACAAUUGUUUUCUAAUACAUAAUACUCUUACAGAUAGUAUAAAAGUGGAGUUCUUUGCUGUCAUUCUAUAUUAACUUGUAAUAAAAUAAUUCAACU